CCCUGGGGGCGGGAGCGGGUGUUUGUGUUGGAAAAAAUCAAACUGCGCCACGGGGUGGAGCGGCCCCCCCAACCCAUGUCUGGGGGACGGUGUGGGGGGGCCGCUCGACCCCCGAGAGGGCUUGCGGAUGCUGAACCUCUGGGAUCCCCAGAACCAGCUUGCCAUAGACAAACUCCCUCUCCAGCCUCCUGCGCUCCCCGGACCCCCACGCGCGCCCUUGGAAGAGUCUCCUCGCGUCUUUACUUUCCCACCUGCUGCAUGGCCCAGUGUCGCGUCGCCCUUUCCCAUCCUGAGUUGAAAAGGGUGUAGUUGCCAGACAGCUGCCCCGAGAGCUGUGCGUAGGUAUACGCACCAGUUCCUUCCCGCAGCCCCCUGCACCUCCUCUCACCAAACGGGGAGCGGUGUACGCUGGAAAGUCGAGGUGUCCUAUCUGUGAGGGUUCCCCCAGGCACCAUGCCAGCCCCAUAGUACCACCCACCCAUGAGUUCUGCUGUACCCUCUGCUGGGGCACUUGUUCCGAUGAGACAGAGCACUUCAGACUUCAUCUGGCUGUUACCGAGGCGGAGACAAGGGUGAUGGUUGGCUGUCUGUGGAGAGAGGCGUCUUGUGAUUGGCUGGGUCUCUGAAGCUCCUGGAACUGAGAGGACGCUCCCACGGAGGCUGGAACUGGUUGCAGAAGGCCAGAGGCUGCUGCCUGGGAACAGUGAGCACUCUUGUUAAGAGCGGUUGGAGCUGGACCAUCGUGCCAGAGAGCUGGGGCAGGGGGCCGGGCCCCAUCUCCAGGGCUCCUGGGGCCACUGCUGACCUGGCUGGAUGCAUCGGGCAGUGGACCCUCCAGGGGCCCGCUCUGCACGGGAAGCCUUUGCCCUCGGGGGCGUGAGCUGUGCUGGGGCUUGGAGCUCCUGCCCACCCCAUCCUCCUCCUCGAAGCUCAUGGCUGCCCGGAGGCAGGUGCUCUGCCAGCCUUGGGCAGCCCCCACUCCCUGCUCCUUUACCCCCUUCUCAUGGCAGUAGCUCCGGGCACCCAAAUAAACCCUACUAUGCUCCUGGGACGCCCGCCCCAAGACCUCUCCACGGGAAGCUGGAGUCCCUGCAGGGCUGCGUGCAGGCCCUGCUCCGGGAGCCAGCCCAGCCAGGGUUAUGGGAACAGCUUGGACAGCUGUAUGAGUCAGAGCACGACAGCGAGGAGGCCAUAUGCUGCUACCACAGGGCCCUUCGAUAUGGAGGAAGCUUUGCGGAGCUGGGGCCACGGAUUGGCCGAUUACAGCAGGCCCAGCUCUGGAACUUUCAUGCUGGUUCCUGUCAGCACAGAGCCAAGGUCCUGCCCCCGCUGGAGCAAGUGUGGAAUUUGCUGCACCUUGAGCACAAACGGAACUACGGGGCUAAGCGAGGGGGUCCUCCGGUGAAGAGAUCUGCCGAGCCCCCAGUGGUGCAGCCCAUGCCCCCCGCGGCUCUCGCAGGCCCCUCGGGGGAGGAGGGCCUCAGCCCCGGAGGCAAGCGCAGGAGAGGCUGCAGCUCUGAACAGGCUGGCCUUCCCCCGGGCUUGCCGCUCCCCCCACCGCCACUACCACCGCCACCGCCACCGCCACCUCCUCCACCACCUCCCCCUCCGCCACCGCUGCCUGGCCUGGCUAUCAGCCCCCCGUUCCAGCUGACUAAGCCGGGGCUCUGGAGCACCCUGCAUGGAGAUGCCUGGGGCCCCGAGCGUAAGGGCUCAGCGCCCCCAGAGCGCCAGGAGCAGCGGCACUCGCUGCCUCACCCGUAUCCAUACCCAGCUCCUGCCUACACCGCUCAUCCGCCCAGCCACCGGCUGGUCCCAGCCACACCCCUUGGUCCAGGUCCCCGACCCCCAGGAGCAGAGAGCCAUGGCUGCCUGCCUGCCACCCGUCCCCCCGGAAGUGACCUUAGAGAGAGCAGAGUUCAGAGGUCGCGGAUGGACUCCAGCGUUUCACCAGCAGCAUCUACCGCCUGCGUGCCUUACGCCCCUCCCCGGCCCCCCGGCCUCCCCGGCACCAGCAGCAGCAGCAGCAGCAGCAGCAGCAGCAGCAGUAACAACACUGGUCUUCGGGGAGUGGAGCCGAGCCCAGGCCUUCCUGGCGCUGACCAUUACCAAAAUCCUGCGCUGGAGAUUUCCCCUCACCAGGCCCGCCUGGGGCCCUCGGCACACAGCGGGGCCCACAGCGGCCGGAAACCAUUUUUGACGGCCCCUGCUGCCACUCCCCACUUGCCCCUCCCACCUGGGACCCCGCCAUCCCCCCCACCGCCCUGCCCUCGCCUCCUGCGCCCUCCACCACCCCCGGCUUGGAUGAAGGGCUCCGCGCGCCGCUCAGCCCGAGAGGAUGGAGAGAUUUUAGGGGAGCUCUUCCUGGGCGCCGAGGGGCCUCCCCGCCCGCCUCCCCCGCCCCUCACCCACCCCCGCUUUCCUGUGGGCACUCAGGAUUCGCACACCCCUCCCACGCCCCCAGCCACCAGCAGCAGCAGCAGCAGCCACAGCAGUAGUCCUGGGCCUGUGCCCUUCCCACCACCGCCCUACCUGGCCAGAAGUGUAGACCCCCUUCCCAGGCCGUCCAGCCCACCACUGAGCUCCCAGGACCCGCCUCUUCCGCCACUGACUCUCGCCCCUCCCGCCUCCGGCCACCAAAAUACCUCAGGAAGCUUCAGGCGCUCGGAGAGCCCCCGGCCCAGGGUCUCCUUCCCAAAGACCCCCGAGGUGGGGCAGGGGCCGCCCCCAGGCUCUCUGAGUAAAGCCCCCCAGCCUGUGCCAACUGGGGUUGGAGAGCUGCCUGCCCGAGGCCCGAGGCUCUUUGAUUUCCCACCAACUCCCCUGGAGGACCAGUUCGAAGAGCCAGCGGAGUUCAAGAUCCUGCCCGACGGGCUGGCUAACAUCAUGAAGAUGCUGGACGAGUCCAUCCGGAAGGAGGAGGAACAGCAGCAACAGGAGGCAGCCGCGGCCCCCCCACCCCCCCUCAAAGAGCCCUUUGCGCCUCUGCAGCCUCCGUUUCCCAGUGACACGGCCCCAGCCGCCACCACCACGAUCCUAGACGAGGAGAAGAAGCCACCAGGAGCCCUUCCGCCGCCGCCGCCUCUAGCCAAGUUCCCGCCGCCUCCCCAGCCACAGCCCCCACCGCCUCCACCAGCCAGCCCAGCCAGCCUGCUCAAGUCACUGGCCUCUGUCCUCGAGGGCCAGAAGUACUGUUACCGGGGGACGGGAGCGGCGGCGGCCAGCAGGCCCGGGGCCCUGCCCGCCACUCAGUAUUCCUCCAGUCCUGCGUCAGGUGCUACCGCCCCACCGCCCACGGCAGCGGCCCCCAGCGCCCAGGGCUCCCCCAAGCCCUCGGCCCCCUCGUCAUCUCAGUUCUCUACCUCAGGCGGGCCCUGGGCCCGGGAGCGCAGGGCGGGCGAAGAGCCGGCCCCGGGCCCCGCGCCCCCUGCCCCGCUGCCCCCACCGCUGCCGCUGCCCCCUGCUCGCUCCGAGUCUGAGGUGCUAGAAGAGAUCAGUCGGGCCUGUGAGACCCUGGUGGAGCGGGUGGGCCGGAGUGCGGUCCACCCGGCGGACCCGGCGGACCCGGCCGAGCCCGCGGACAGCGGCACCGAGCGCCCCCCGCCGCCGGCGCCGGCGCAGCCCAAGGAGGAGAGCGGCGGGGCGCCAGCGGGCCCGGGCAAGCGGCGGCAGAAGGAGCACCGGCGGCACCGCCGGGCCUGCCGGGACAGCGUGGGCCGGCGACCCCGCGAGGGGAGGGCCAGGGCCAAGGCCAAGGCCCCCAAAGAGAAGAGCCGGCGGGUGCUGGGCAACCUGGACCUGCAGAGCGGAGAGAUCCAGGGCCGGGAGAAGGCCCGGCCCGACCCGGGCGGCGCCGCCAAAGCCAAGCCUCCCACCACCCCCGCGCCCGCCCCGGCGCCCGCGCCCCUGCCCCAGCCCCCCGCCCCCUCGGGCCCGGGGCCCGGGAAGAAGGCGCGCGAGGACGCCCCGGGGCCCCCGGGCGUGAGCCGCGCCGACAUGCUGAAGCUGCGGUCGCUGAGCGAGGGGCCCCCGAAGGAGCUGAAGAUCAGGCUCAUCAAGGUGGAGAGCGGCGACAAGGAGACCUUCAUCGCCUCCGAGGUGGAGCAGCGGCGCCUGCGCAUGGCUGACCUCACCAUCAGCCACUGCGCCGCCGACGUCAUGCGGGCCAGCAAGAACGCCAAGGUGAAAGGGAAAUUUCGGGAGUCCUACCUUUCCCCCGCGCAGUCCGUGAAGCCGAAAAUCAACACCGAGGAGAAGCUGCCCCGGGAAAAGCUCAACCCCCCCACGCCCAGCAUCUAUCUGGAGAGCAAGCGGGACGCCUUCUCGCCAGUGCUGCUUCAGUUCUGCACGGACCCCCGGAACCCCAUCACCGUCAUCCGGGGCCUGGCGGGCUCGCUCCGGCUCAACUUGGGCCUUUUCUCCACCAAGACGCUGGUGGAGGCGAGCGGGGAGCACGCGGUGGAGGUGCGCACGCAGGUGCAGCAGCCCUCGGACGAGAACUGGGACCUGACGGGGACGCGGCAGAUCUGGCCCUGCGAGAGCUCCCGCUCGCACACCACCAUCGCCAAGUAUGCGCAGUACCAGGCGUCCUCCUUCCAGGAGUCGCUGCAGGAGGACAAGGAGAGCGAGGACGAGGAGUCGGAGGAGCCAGACAGCACCACGGGCACCCCCCCCAGCAGUGCACCGGACCCCAAGAACCAUCACAUCAUUAAGUUUGGCACGAACAUCGACCUGUCGGACGCCAAGAGGUGGAAGCCCCAGCUCCAGGAGCUGCUGAAGCUGCCCGCCUUCAUGCGGGUGACGUCCACCGGCAACAUGCUCAGCCACGUGGGCCACACCAUCCUGGGCAUGAACACCGUGCAGCUGUAUAUGAAGGUCCCCGGCAGCCGGACGCCAGGCCACCAGGAGAACAACAACUUCUGCUCCGUCAACAUCAACAUCGGCCCGGGGGACUGCGAGUGGUUCGCCGUGCACGAGCACUACUGGGAGACCAUCAGCGCCUUCUGCGACCGGCACGGCGUGGACUACCUGACCGGUUCCUGGUGGCCCAUCUUGGAUGACCUCUACGCGUCCAACAUCCCCGUGUACCGCUUCGUGCAGCGCCCGGGGGACCUCGUGUGGAUCAACGCGGGAACCGUGCACUGGGUGCAGGCCACCGGCUGGUGCAACAACAUCGCCUGGAACGUGGGGCCCCUCACCGCCUAUCAGUACCAGCUGGCCCUGGAGCGAUACGAGUGGAAUGAGGUGAAGAGCGUCAAGUCGAUCGUGCCCAUGAUCCACGUGUCCUGGAACGUGGCCCGGACGGUCAAAAUCAGCGACCCCGACCUGUUCAAGAUGAUCAAGUUCUGCCUCCUGCAGUCCAUGAAGCACUGCCAGGUGCAGCGGGAGAGCCUGGUGCGGGCCGGGAAGAAGAUCGCCUACCAGGGCCGCGUCAAGGACGAGCCUGCCUACUACUGCAACGAGUGCGACGUGGAGGUGUUCAACAUCCUGUUCGUGACCAGCGAGAACGGCAGCCGGAACACGUACCUGGUGCACUGCGAGGGCUGCGCGCGCCGCCGCAGCGCCGGGCUGCAGGGCGUGGUGGUGCUGGAGCAGUACCGCACGGAGGAGCUGGCGCAGGCCUACGACGCCUUCACGCUGGCCCCCGCCAGCACGUCGCGAUGAGGCCGGACGCCCCGCUCGCCCGCCCACGCAGGCCGCGGCGGGGCCACCAGCACACGCCUGGGCUGGACCUAGGUCCCGCCUUCGGCCGGGAAAGGGGGUCGGGUCCAGCCCUUCCACCCUAUUGGCAGCUCCCCUCACUUAAUUUAUUAAGAAAAAGAAUUUUUUUAACAAAUACGAGGAAAAAAAGGAAAAAAAAAGGGAGACGGUCGGGGCCGGCGGCCCCUGCCCCGCGCUCCCCUCACCGACUUUGGCCUUUCUAGCAGCAGACACAAGGACCAGGCUCCGGCGGCGGCGGGGCUCAUACGGGUUCCCUCAAGCCUGCCCGCCGCGCCCGCCGCCCGGCGCAGAGCUCGCCCGCGGCUCGUGUACAUAGACGUUCGGCAGCCGAGGUUUUUAAUGAGAUUCUCUAUGGGCUUUACCCUCCCCCAGGACCUUUUUUUACUUCCAAUGCUAGCUGUGAUCCCUGUAUAUGUCUGUUUAUUCACUUGGUUAUGAUUUGUAUUUUUGUUCCCUUUGUUUUUGAUUUUUAAUUUAUAACAGUCCCACUCACCUCUAUUUAUUCAUUUUUUUGGGGAAACCCGACCUCCCGCCCCCACCCCCAAG